UUACACAAAGCCCGUCGUAGGCGGAGAUACAAUGUGGUAAAAAUACACACCGACGGUUCCUCGCUGCGACUUCCAUCCCUUCUAGACAGGGGCAGGAUGGACACGGUAUCUCUUUAUGUCACCACGUGCAGGUAUGUUAUGCGAUCGGAUCCCAACGAUCCGAGCACCUACAGUGAAUUGUACCGCUACGUCCCUUUCCUUCGCCAAGCGUUACUGUGCUACGUGUGUGGAGGGAUAUUGCAGCGUCCUAUGGGUCCUGUGGAGAAAGUCUGUCAGCAUAAUGUGUGUAAUGACUGCGUCGGUGGGAAAAUGAGGCUUAAGCCACAGUGUAGUUGGUGUAAAGACCAUAAAGCGUUCAUAGAAAAACCACAGCUAAGGAUCGUAGUACAGCUUUUCAAAAAAUUAUGUGAAUACAUUUUGAGUACACCGCUAGCGGAGAAGAUAGCCGCAGGGAGCGUGAAUGGAGAGAGUAAUUCUUUAUUACAAAUCAUGCAAGAGGCGGUGGAUUUUCGGGACGAUCUGUAUACCAAUGGCGAAUCUCAGAAGAAAUUGAAAGAAAAUGGACCACCGAAGCUAACCAAGAUAAACAAUAACAAACCCAGUAAAUCUCACCUAACGCAACGGGGACGAAAGCCGUCGUCUCAACAGUCGCAAUCAGCGCAGCCUCCAUCACCGUCGCUCUCUUCUCCAACGGCGGACAGCACGAUUGUCGCUCCAACAAACGACACGAACUCUGUUAACACUGCCGAGCAAACUGUCACAUCUAGCAGUACUUUGUGUGAGGGGGUGGUUUUAUCAGGUAGUCCUUUACAACAAGAUGCCAUGGCAACAGUGACCUCAGCGGGUCCGGCUGAAGGGCAAGCCGCAACGUCGAACCACCACUACAGCGUAACUCUAACCAACCAUGACACCCCCAGACUAAAACUUAAACGUAAAUAUCCCACAGACGAUCACUCCAGUAUGAUUAAAAAAUACAAACCAGACAGCGCGAUUACUUCAGGUAAUAAAAAGACCUCGUCAAAAAACCAGAACGCCGACGCGAAGAAGAAGGGCUGCCGGUGCGGUAACGCCACUCCUACACCGGGCAAGCUGACGUGUUACGGUCAGCGGUGCCCGUGCUACGUGCAGCGUGUCGCGUGCACAGAGUGUCGAUGUCGCGGCUGUCGGAAUCCAGUAAAACCCAUCAAAGUUGAAAUAUCUGAAAACUUAGAGGUAGAAGAGGAGGAAAUAAGCGUUGUAUGAUUACUUGUAGUUGCUUUGUAACUUAUAUAUUCCACAAUAUUUGCUCCUCCGCUACAUUUUUUUCAUGAAAUAUUUAAUUUUGGAGUAUCUUAUAAAAUUAAGGGAAAAGAAACAUUUUAACCCCAUGUUACAUCUCUUCUC